GUGAAAGUACGUUUCAAUAUCAAGUCCAAAAAAAAAUAGUAGAUUUUUGGAAUCACCAUUAAAUGUUUAUUAUAAAUCCUAGGUAUUGCUAAAAUUGUUUAAAAAAAAUCGUACCUUAAAACGUAAUUACGGAUACAUUAAUGUAUCCUGAAAAGGGCAUUUUUUCUGUGACAUGUAAAAUGAUUUUCAUUGAAGAAUCCAACUACUUGAAAUAUCUUGAGGAAUUUACACAAAAAUAAUACACAUUGCAUUAUGCAACGAGAAGGUCGCAGCAGAUUCAAAUGGUCUUGUAUAUGUGAAAGCAAAAUUAUUAACUUGAGUGGCAAAGUGAUUUUGUCAGAGUAUUACUUACGAUUUCAAGCGACCUAAACCGCGAAAGAAAUGAUUAAUUUUAAGAAUACGAUUUGUUAAGGAGAUAUGAUGAGAGUAAAGACUUUUUGGAUUUUGUGUUUUGUUUUUUUGAGUGUUACGUGUCAGGAUAACAAAACAAAAACAGUAUCUAAAAAGAAUGCAAUUAAAGAAAUAUCCACCAAAAAAUCAGUGAGCACCCCCAAAUCAAUAUUAAAAGAAGUAAAUACAAAUCUUAUCAUAAAAGAUGAAAAAAUUAAUAAGGCACCCAAGCUGAUAUGUCCAGGAAAAAAUUAUCCAAAACCAUUUUUUUCUUUACCAUGUUCAAAAACGAAAAAUUGUUCGUUUAUGGGCAAGGGGCUUUUAUGCUGUGGGGGAAGGUGCCUAAAGGGAGUCCCACCCCCUAAGGAAGAGAUUAAACACGAACCAAUUAUUUUCGGGUUGGUGGACAGAAAAUGCCCUUCAAGCCCAAUCCCAGAAAUUUUUACAAUAACAAAAUGCGAAAAAGAUUCGGAAUGCCUUCCAAGAAUUUGUUGUCCUGAAAAGUUAAAAUCAGGAGAAAUUGUGGGUUUUUGUAGAACUGCUGAGGCUAUAUGGGAUAGAAUGCCACUAGCCAACCAAUUUAUGGAACCAUUUAAGACAAUGGUAAGUUAUAUGCAAUGUACUCCACCCCCACCCCCAAUUUUGGAUGUUUUCCCAAAACCAUGUGAAAAUGCUUUGGAUUGUUUUCCAAAUUUAUGUUGUCAAGAAGGAGGGAAGAAAUUUUGUAGGCCUCCAAAAAGGUCCAUAUUAUCCUUGAUGGCCGGAAUUGGACAGAGACUAGUCCCCACUGAUGCAGCUAGGGCCUUUAUUAAAAGGAUUUCAUAAUAUGAGAUCAAUCUAUUUGUAAAAAAAUGUACUUGCCUGUUUAUAAGGUAAAAAAUCAUCAAAAUGUAAAUAUCUUUAUAAAUAAAACAACCUGUCUUUUAUUUAAAUAGUUUACUGUGAAACAAUAUGCCUUAAACUUAAAGUUACUAUAUAAAAAAUCAUUUAGUUACUGCAGCCCAGCAAACCAUCAAAUAAAAUUUAAUCGAGCUGUAAGAGAGGAAAAACCACAAUAAAAAAAUUGAACUUUUAAAGUUUCUCAAUGAUAUAUCAAAUAUAAUUAAAAAUAAAUAAAACAUACCUUCUUGAAACCAAUAUCUCCAGCGUAUUCUCUGAAGCAUUGACGGCAAAGGUUAAGCCCGUAUUUGCGAAUCAAACCAUGCCUGUUUGAGCAUG